UUUAACGAAUUUGUUUCACAUAUCAUUUCGAGUAGUAAACAGAAAUAUAUCUAUGAGUUUUUAACAAAUUAUGGAACGUAUUCUUUCUGGUAUAGCGAAAAUAAAUUUUCAACAAAAUUGUGAAGAUAUUUUGGUUGAAAGUCGUUUGGGUAACAUGAACGAUCAAUUGCAAGAGAUGUCCAGAAUCGUUGAUACAAAUGGCGAGUGUAAGAAGAAUGAUAAUACCGCAGAGAGUGAUAUAGAAUCAGAUUUGAACAGUUCCGGCGAAACCAACUUAUUUGGUGAUGAUGAUGCAGAUAGCAGCGGCAGCACCAGCAAAGCCGGUGGCAGUCUUUCACAGCGUCGCAAUUUGCCGCGUCGUGCUUGUAAAGAAAAUAGUUUAAAACUCAAACGUCGCUCGAUUGUGAAACCAAAACGUCACAGCUCCUCAAUGACAUGUGAUUUCUCUAUGCUCCGUCCAGCUGAUAUACGUAAAAUUUACUGCAAUAAAAAACUGAAAAGCUUCCGACCCACUUGCUUGGAGACAAUCUUUGAAGAUCCACAACCUGAGCCACGUCGCGGUAAUGAUGCUGUUGCCUCCUGCAACAGUGCAUUACGUUUAAUUGGUUUGCGUAAAAUACGACGUUCACUAUCCUGUUCAGAUGGUUUGAAUACCAAUAAAGCUUUAAUAAAACAGAGACGUGCUAAAAUAAAAAAAGCCUUUGGUCGACGUAGUGCUUGCAAAAGGAUAUCAUUACAUGAUUUUAUUGAUCGUUUGAAUAAAAGUUUCGGUGACGAAGCCGACGUUGAAGACGCCGAUCUGGAGACUGACGACAAUAAUAUACAGGAUGUUUCAAUGGAGGCAGAAAUGUGCGCUGUAGCGGCAGACUCUUCGCUGUCCGCAGAAACGACGCCAAUAAAGACUGAUUUCGCAAUGCAAUUAGAAACGGAUUUGGUUCAUGCAAAUAAAUAUAGCAAUACAAAGGUGGAGAGAGAGUCAUUAUAUCUUGUGUCAAAUAACUGUGGAACUCUGUCAUAUUCUUCAGAUACAGCAGAUACUAGUUUGAGUACUGCAUAAGUGAAGCAUAAUUAUUUAGAAGUUAGAUAUUAGUUAUUUUAUACUACAUUUUGCGAGUACCAAGUUCUAUUGUGAGUGUUAUUGAAAUUCACUGCCAAUUUUGGUUUUUGUUUGAACUACAUGUUUCAUAUUCUUAAUAUUUUAAUU